UGCUGCUAUCUUUACGUCUGUUUGACUCAUCAUUACUUAUACUCAAAGCUUACUCAUCAAAUAAGCAAUGCUGAAUAAUACUAACAAUAUCUAAACAAACAGCUUGCCAAUAUUUUCACACCCUAGCUGGUGAUCAUUAGUUUCAACUUUCCAAGUGAAUCAUAUUAAUUGGUGUUCUUGAAAUAUUGUUACUUGAGAGGAUUCAAUGUUGCUUCAUCUCUUCUUUUCGUUUUCCAUUGUUUUACUGAUAGACAACGGGAGUGCUGGCAUAACAAGUUCAUUUAUUCGUAACGAGUGGCCAUCUGUCGAUAUUCCUCUUGACAAUGAAGUCUUUGCAGUUCCAAAGGGUUACAAUGCUCCACAACAAGUGCAUAUAACACAGGGUGAUUAUGAAGGGAAGGCUGUACUAAUCUCAUGGGUCACGCCUGAUAAACCGGGGCCUAGUCAAGUCCGUUACGGAUUAUCUGAAGGAAAAUAUGAUUUUAAAGCUGAGGGAUCAUUCACAAACUACACAUUUUACAACUACAAGUCUGGCUAUAUACACAAGUGCUUUCUUCAUGGCCUUCAGUAUGACACGAAGUAUUACUAUGAAAUUGGAAAUGGUGAUUCUGCUCGAAAGUUUUUUUUCGAAACUCCUCCAAAGGUUGAUCCAGAUGCUUCAUACAAAUUUGGCAUCAUAGGUAAGUUGUUUAUAUUUUAUUACCCAUUUUUCUAUUAUAUUUUACCACAUAAUGACAUGAAACAAUUCGUCUCAUUUAGUGACAAAAUUUUCAUAACUGCAGUCUUCAAUGACUGUUGGAACAAUUAG